AUGGAGCCCGAGGCGGCGGCGCUGUCGCAGCUGCAGCUGCAGCUCCUCGCCCUCGUCUCUGAGUUCCGCCUUCUCCGCGAGCGGGAGCGCGGCGCCCGCGAGGAGCUCCGCGACGCCGGCCAGAGGUGGGAGGCGGCGGCGGAGGAGCACCGUAGGGAGGCCCGGGAGCUGCGAGCGGAGCUGGCCGCGCGGGACGACUCGAUACGGAGGCUCGAGGCCAGGAUAAAGUGUCUUGAGAAUGAGAAUGAGCUGCUGGAGAAAAACGAAAACAACUUGAAAGAAAGCAUGGAGGAUGAGAUUAUUGAGAGAUUAACUUCAGAGAAUCAGGCAAUGCGUUUGGAACUUCAUAAUAUGGAAAUUGCUUUACAGAAAUUUCAAGAUUUAUUCAGUAGUAUUGGGAAUGAGCGAAUGAAGAAUUUUUCAGCAAUUUCUGAAAGUCAGGGUGUACAGGAUGUGAAUAAUGAGCAGCUUGAAAGGGUUCCAGGUUCACAAUGUGGUCUAGCAAAUGAGCAUACCUCAGUAACUGCAAUUGUCAAAGAAGCCACCACACAAAAUGUAGACCACCAGUUGGAAACUGAUCCAGGCAGUAUGCAAGUACAAAGUCCAGUGCACUUCAAGUCUGGUGCCUUGCCAUCUCCGGAGCUAGUAUCUGCGAAUACAGAAACAGCCGACAGCCUUCUUGAACCCAAAGGAGACAUUGACAUGGGCGGUUUAUCUCGAGUCCUGAACGACCGACAGAUUGUUUGA